AUGUCGGCGUGUGGGUUAGUUUCUUCGCUACCGCAACAAAGCUCUUUGCCUGUUUUGAAAACAGCGGCCAUUCCAGACGAUAUCAGCUGUCCAUUUGGAACCGUGAAAAGAGAACAUGGAAAUAAGUAUCCAUCUUCUGAGGGUUCUUAUGGUACACUUAUCCACAAGCUUGUGGAACCCCACAUUGCCUCCUUCAAUGCGAUCACAGAUCAAUCGCUUUUGGAAAACGGCGUCAAAAAUCUAGAAAUGCGCGUCAUUUAUGACGCUUCCAAAACCCAUUAUCUCAAAAUGUGGAUAGAGGAUGUUCAGCUUGGAAAGCCGAUGCUACCAGAAAAAGAGACCUUCUCUCUCGAUCGAGGCCUAUAUCCGAGCGAGUGCCGCCAACGAGGAAUCACUUAUGAGGCAAAGCUUAUGGCCAAAAUAUGCUUCCAAAUGGAUGAUGAUGGCCCGAUACACUUUUAUACCCGCCAUUUGGGCGAUUUUCCUAUCAUGGUUCGUUCAAAUCGUUGCCAUUUGGAAGGCCUCUCUCCGGUGGAUCUCAUUGCUCGGCAUGAGGAGAGUGAAGAAAUGGGCGGCUAUUUUAUUGUAAAUGGGAUUGAGCGUCUGAUUAGGCUGCUUGUUGUAACAAGACGCAAUUAUCCUCUUGCAGUGGUCAGAUCGUCCUUUUUGAAAAAAGGACCGUCCUAUACGCAUUUUGGCGUGCUCAUCAGAUGUGUACGGGACGACACAACCUCGCAAACGAUCACCCUUCAUUAUCUUUCCGAUGUCGGCAUCACAGUUAGAUUUUCACACCUCAAACAGGAAUACCUGGUUCCAGUGCUGCUUAUAUUGCGGGCGCUGGCUCCACUCUCUGAUAAGCAGAUUUUUGAGGGAGUCGUUCAAGGUGAUUUUGAUGAUACUACCCUUGUCGGGCAGAUGGAGGCUCUGUUAAGAGCGCACCGGACCACCAAUCUCUACUCGCAAGACUCGUGCUUACAAUAUCUUGGUGCUCGCUUUCAGGCUGUUUUCAGAUAUGAUGAUCGCUUGAGUGAGCGGGAAAUCGGUGAACUCGUUAUUCGUCGUAUGCUCUUUGUGCAUUUGGAGGAUGGUAGAGAAAAGGUUUCUCUGCUGCUUUUGAUGAUCCGAAAGCUUCUGGCUCUGGUUGGAAAUAAAAUCAUUCCAGAUAACCCCGAUUCUCUUAUGAACCACGAAAUCCUACUUCCCGGCCAUCUUCUCGCUUCAUAUUUGAAAGAAAAGCUCGAUGAACUUUUAGGUUCCGCUCGCACGGUCCUUCUUCAAGACCAACAGCGGGGAGCAUCUUGGUCCUCUGACGCCUUUUCUCCGGAAAGCCCUACUUCUGCCACCGAUAAGUUCUGCCGUCGUCUUUUUUCCAAAUUGAAUUUGGACAUCGGGAAAAAAAUUCGCUACUUUCUGGGAACCGGUAAUAUGCCUUCUUCUGGAGGAAUGGACCUUCAACAAGUCACUGGAUAUACGGUGGUUGCUGAGCGUUUAAACUACCUCCGCUAUUUGUCUCAUUUCCGAAGUGUUCAUCGAGGCUCUUUUUUUGCGACCCUCAAAACCACAACGGUUCGAAAACUGCUUCCUGAAUCUUGGGGUUUCUUGUGCCCAGUACAUACACCUGACGGUGCUCCAUGCGGUUUGCUGAACCAUCUCACCCACACCUGCUCCAUCGUUAGUGGGGAUGGAGAAGAAAAUAACCCAACAGAUCGUGUUCGUGCCAUUGCCUCCGUGCUUGUUGGCUUGGGUGUCACUCAGCUUGAAGCCGGUGCUGCUUUUCUCCCAAAAUCUUAUGGAGCCCAUUGUGUCUUGCUGGAUGGAUGUCUUAUUGGCUAUGCUUCGUUUUCUCAGCUUACCACAAUGGUGAGCCAGCUUCGCCAAAUGAAAGGAAAUGGUAUCGUUCCCGCUCACAUGGAAAUUGUACUGAUCUUACAGGCGCCUAAAAAAGGCCUCUUUCCAGGGCUCUUUCUGUUCACCACGCCAUCUCGUCUUAUGAGGCCCGUUUAUCGCAUCGAGGGAGCGGAUUUGAAGAAAAAGGAAGCUCACAAAUUGGAGCUUAUUGGCACUUUUGAGCAAGUGUUUCUCAAUAUUGCUCUUCAAGGGGAAGAAUAUGGAUCCGGUGAUCCAUCAACAGGGCUUCCAGCGACGCUUGCAGCAGCGGUGUUACCUACUCACGUCGAGGGGGUACCUACAAACAUCCUUUCAGUGGUGGCCAAUUUAACCCCAUUUUGCGACUUUAACCAAUCGCCGCGUAACAUGUAUCAGUGCCAGAUGGCAAAGCAAUCCAUGGGAACCCCUCUGCACGCAUUUCCUUUUCGCUCAGAUAGCAAGCUUUAUCGGCUGCAAUCCGGGCAAUCACCGGUCGUUAGACCCUCCCUUUUCAACACCUACCAAAUGGAUAGCCACCCAAAUGGUGCAAAUGCUGUAGUUGCCGUGAUUUCUUAUACAGGCUAUGAUAUGGAAGAUGCAAUGAUCAUCAACAAGAGCUCAUUUGAGCGCGGUUUUGGGAAUGGCUCCAUUUACAAGAGCGAGCUUAUCGAUUUAAAAGAUCACAUCUCGGCUGAUGACGACGGCUCGUCUCUUCGGAUCUUUGCCUGCACCGAUAUGGAUCUCAUAAAUGGCGGCCUAUUAGACCACGACGGGUUUCCUCCAGUGGGGCGGCUUUUACGGCCAGGCGAUCCCUUUUGUUCUACUGCUCUUUUAGCCCACAGUACGUCGGAAGACCCGAACUCUGAAAUGGGGAUUAGUGAUGAAAAUGUGAUUCGGUGGAAAGCAGCAGGCCUUGAAGAAGCAUAUGUCGAAAGUGUGCGCCUGAUGGGCGAUGCCGCCGGUCUUGGGCCUGCUCGAAGAGCUCUCAUAGUGCUUCGUAUUCCGCGGCCCCCGGUGAUUGGCGACAAAUUCUCUUCGCGCCACGGCCAGAAAGGUGUUUGCUCCCAAAAAUGGCCUCUCAUUGAUAUGCCUUUCAGUGAACAUGGACUCACUCCCGACAUCAUCAUUAACCCCCACGCCUUCCCCUCUCGUAUGACGAUUGGAAUGUUCGUGGAAAGUAUGGCUGGCAAAGCUGGCUGUCUUCAUGGCACUUCCCAAGAUGCCACGCCAUUUCGUCUUACAGGCGUGGCCGUAGAGUGUUUUGGAGAUGCCUUAAAAAAAGCCGGCUUUUCAUACUAUGGCAAUGAACCGAUGUAUUCUGGCGUUUUCGGUAACGAACUUGCCGCAGACAUUUUUAUUGGCGUUGUAUAUUACCAGCGCUUGAGACACAUGGUGUCGGAUAAGUUUCAAGUGCGCACUACAGGUCCCGUUCAUAAUCUCACCCGGCAGCCCAUCAAGGGGCGGAAGCGUGCCGGUGGUAUCCGAUUUGGAGAGAUGGAGCGAGAUUCGCUUCUUGCGAAUGGCACUGCUUUUCUGCUACAUGAUCGUCUGAUGAACUGCUCAGACUAUACCCAAAUGCACGCUUGUGUCAAAUGCGGCGAUAUUCUCUCCAUCCUUGCGCCUUCGCGCAAAUCACAUGGCCACGAAUUCAAUCUCAAAUGUACGGGAUGCGGUGCAAGUGGUGCCUCCAAUAUUGUAGUCGUUGCCUUGCCCUAUGUAUAUCGAUACCUUGUCAGUGAACUCAUGGUAAUGAAUGUCCGAUUGAAGAUGGACCUGACUUCUGCCUGCUAA